AACUCCACCUGUAUCACAUUCACGAUGAUGCGAGCCAAAGGAACCAUCGUCUUCACCACCGUAGGCAGGCCGUACUACGGCUUCGAUGUUUUCUCCAUCGCUUUAUCUUCUAAACUCGACACACUGACUCAAUGGAUAGAGCAUCGUCUCACAGACGGUACCUCCAUUAACUUUAAUGGUCAGUUUGUCGAUGAAGACCCAACCCUUGUUUACGUCUCCGAGAGGACCGGCUCACCUCGAAUUUACCUCAACCGCCCUGAAAAUCCCAAACCAGAGCAACUCCCUACCGUGUCCGAGAGCCUGUUUCACGACCGACCGGUUGUACGAAACGGCCGAUUGUAUUAUGUGUCGGCUCACGAACCGGCUGAUAAACCGUUCACUAGCUGGUCUGCGGUUUACAUGACCCAGCUUGGUGACCGGAAAAUCGUCCGGUUAACUCCUAAAGGAGCAGUCGAUUAUAGUCCGGCGGUUUCGCCGACUGGGAAGUUCAUCGCUGUAGCUUCUUACGGGUUCCGUCCUUGGAAGGGAGAGUUUCAGGAACUCGAUACGGAUAUCGUCGUUUUCUCACCGUCAGAUCCUAAUAGACGCACGGUCGUCUGUAAGCGCGGCGGAUGGCCAACGUGGUUCGGCGAUUCCACUAUUUUCUUCCAUCGGAAAACCGAUGAUGGGUGGUGGAGCAUUUUCCGAGUAGAUCUCCCUGAAAAUUUCCAACAUUUGGACGCCUGUGACAGCAGCAGUCGUCGGGUAACCCCAGCAGGAGUCCACGCGUUUACCCCAUCAGCCUCACGAGAUCGUAAUUGCGUUGCCUUCGCAAGUCGACGGCGAGAAAGUAAAUACCGGCACAUCGAGAUCUAUGAUUUAGAAUCAGAAUCGUUUUACAGAGUCACAGAGUCUCUGAACCCAAACUUCCACCAUUACAAUCCUUUUUUCUCCCCUAAAGGUGGUUUCCUGGGAUACCACCGAUUCCGAGGUGAGUCAGCUCCAGGAGAGACAACGAUUCCACACCUGGAUCCAGUAACUUCUCCCAUAAAGGAACUGAGGAUGAUUCGGCUCAAUGGAUCGUUCCCUUCGUUCUCUCCUAAAGGCGAUUUGAUAGCUUUCAACCACGAUUUCGAAAUGAAUUCUGGGUUGAAGAUAGUGAGAAGCGACGGCACGAAGAGAUGGGUGGUUCUGAAAGAUAGAACCGCUUUCUGUACUUCGUGGGACCCAACACAAGAUAAUGUUAUCUACACGUCUAUCGGACCUAUAUUCGAGUCAGUCAAAAGAACGGUCCAGAUUGCACGGAUUACUUUUGCUCCAACAGAUCUUACAGAUGAUGGAGGAGAAAAGAUUCCGGCCACUGUGAAGAUCCUUACAAGAGAAGACACCGGAAACAAUGCCUUUCCUUCGUGUUCGCCGGACGGCAAGUUCGUGGUUUUCAGGUCUGGGAGAUCCGGUCACAAGAACCUCUUUAUAGUCGACGCCGUAGAUGGGGAAUUUAACGGUGGGAUCCGUCAAUUAACGGAAGGGCCAUGGAUAGACACAAUGCCUAACUGGUCUCCUGACGGAAAACUUAUAGCCUUCUCAUCGAACCGUCACAACCCCGACAACGUUAGUGCCUUCAGCAUAUACCUGAUCCGACCAGAUGGUUCAGACCUUCGGCGAGUAUACGUGGCAGGACCAGAGGGAUCGAGUGACGUGGAUAGGGAGAGGAUCAACCACGUGUGCUUCAAUUCAGAUUCGUCGUGGCUUUUAUUCACGGCGAAUAUGGGCGGCGUAACGGCGGAGCCGGUUUCAUUGCCGAACCAAUUUCAACCUUACGGGGAUAUGUACAUCGUGAGGUUGGAUGGGAGUGAGUUGCAGAGGCUGACGUGGAAUGGAUAUGAGAAUGGUACACCUGUGUGGUACCACCCAUCAUCGUCAUCAACGGAGGAAAUUGAAUUGGGUUCCUUGUCUUUAGAGAGUAAUAAGGUGAAGGAUGCUGACAAGCUCAAGGGUCAAUUCGAGGAACCAUUAUGGAUAUCUUGCGACAUUUGAACACAUACAUGGUGAAAGAGAAUGCCCGGAUUUGUUUUC